AUGGGUACAUGGUUAUGCGAAGACUCGACCUCUAUUUCUUCUAAUGGUAAUACUGCUACCGUUACUGGUUAUAAUCCGGGUUCACCCGUUAAUGCUAUGUUUAAAGACGAUGAUGGUGGAGCUGUAAAUGGCCAACAUUAUUGGGAAUAUAAAAUAGAAACUCAUGAUGGAGCGGUUGGUGUCACAUCAGAAAACAAAUUUGGUUCGGGCUAUGGGAUUACGGGUCUAGAGUAUAACUCAGUUGGCAACUUAUCUGAUGGUAGCCAACUAUUAGUUGGCAGCUUCGGUCCGAAAAUUAAACAAGGCGAUAAAAUUGGGUUAUUAUUAGAUUUAAGUAAUAACGAACUGAAAUUGUAUUUGAUUCACAAUGACGAACCAUUAGGGAUGGCAUUUCACAUAACUGGAUCAUAUCCCACGCCACUGCAUCCGUAUGUUUCAUUCAGCGGUAAUGGAAAAAUAACGAUCGAAAAGGCAAAUAAACUUCCAUCAAAUUUAACUCGAAAACCAGCUGAUUUCACUGGUAUCACAGGAGAUUGGAAAAUGAAAGAAAAGUAUAAAAAGCUAUCGGACGAGUGCAACUGGAAAAAUUAUUCAUUUUCCAUUCAACCUGAUGAAUCCGGUAAAACUGAUGCAUAUUCAUUCUCAGUCAGGAUAUGCAAUAGUAUUUGGGGUCAAUUGACGAAACAAUCAGGUGAUACAUGGAAAAUGGGCAAUACUGCAUCAACACGCAUGGGUGGCCCAAUGCCAGAAAUGAAUGCUGAAACUACGAUAUCUCAGUUUUUAAGCCAAAUAACGCAUGUUGAUUUAAAUUCCAACGGAUGCUUGGUAUUAAAAACGGAUGAUAAUGAACAAAUAAUACUUCAACGGUACACUAAGGAUAUGCCAGAAGCAUGCACUCGAAAUGUAUUUGACGAUAAUAAUUAA